AUGUCCACAACGGCAACCGACAAGCUACCCACAUAUUUCAUUGGCCAUGGUGGGGUGAGCAUCCUCUUCAAACCCGGGUAUGGACCCGUUCAACAGGAUCUGCGCGAGAUUGGCAAGGAAAUCAAAGCCCUGAAGCCGGAGGCAAUUGUCAUCACCUGUGGCCACUUUCAGAGCGAGAAUGAUACUAUCCAGGUAAACCUGAAAGAACCGACAAAGGUCUGGCAUGACCUGGGUCCCUCCUGGCAUACUACAUUCCCGCAUGUCUUUGAAUAUCAAUAUCCGCACAAGUCUUCCAAGGCUCUGGGUGAGAAAGUGCUGCAGCAUUUGGUCGACCAAGGGAUUAAAGCGGAGGGCGUGGAGCGUGAUCUUGACCAUGGGGUAUGGGUACCCUUCAAACUCAUGUUCCCGGAAGGAGAGGAUGAACUGGAUGUCCCCAUCCUGGAAGUUUCCACCUAUGAUGGCAACGAUCUCACGGCACAUAUUCAACUUGGCGAAGCUCUUUCUUCGCUGCCUGGUCGUAUCCUUAUAAUUGGAUCAGGAAUGAUAGUCCACAAUCUUCGUGCAACUCGCGAGGGGACCGCCGGCACAACGGUGGCUAGGUCGGUGGAAGAAGCGGCCUUGAAGUCACUCGCUGCGCUGAGUCCGCGGGACAGAGACGCCCAGUUCCUAAACUUCCAGAAACGUGACGACUGGGUUGACGCUCAUCCUACCGAGGAACAUGUUCUACCCUUAUAUGUCACGUUGGGAGCCGGGCGGCAGUGGCCGGAAUAUAAGGUGUGGAAUCAGGAUCGGUACAUCAUAGGCCAGUCCUAUCUCUCAUUUCGGCUUGGGGCGCUGCCUAUCACAAGUAACGAAUUAGGGGGUCGUCUCUAA